GCCGUGUGUUUGACACCAUUUGGUUGAACCAUCGCUUUUCGUGGAUCGCAUGCCUGUCCCCUCGUAGGGGCUAACCUACCCGUGCAGUCAUUGGGCGAAUAGCGAGCAAACACUCAAAAGCGGUGACCGUUUCGGACAGAAAGACCACAAACGAGAGUCAAACGGGUCUGACGUCUGCCUCUGACCACGACUUGAGUCACGCGAAGGAUAUAUGCGCUCAACGGAAGGUCAUCGACGACAUCAACAAAGAUAUCGAUAGCAUUUGUCUCGACGCCGACGCCAACAGCGACAGGAAGGCCGUCGUCUCACCAGAACGGGACUCAACGCCAGCCAUCCCUCACCACAACAGCACCAGAAGCGCACAAACCAUACACACGUCGACAGACACGACACAUAAACCCUUCGUCAACAACAGCUGUUCCGCCGGAAGUGACCAACAAUUGGCUCCACUCGACGACACCAACGGCUCCCACAAGAGUAGCGACGCUAUGAAUCACGUGACACCCAAUGAUAAACUUAACCAUCAGUUGAACCAAAACAAAGACUCACAGCAACAGAACGACGACGAGAUGAUGGACACCCAUCAGGAGGACGACACCGUCCGCACCGACGAUAUCAUAACGUCUCUGAAUAUCGACGGAUCGGACAAUAAGGACAGGAAUAAAGAGGACGGAAAACUCCUGAACGGCGACUCGGCCUCCAAUCAGGACGAAGCCAUGGAUGAGGAGGAUGAGGCCCGAUCUGAGGCCACGUUUCGCUAUAAGAUCGAGAACUUCAGUAAACUUCGCGACACAACACUGAGUCCGCCGACGUUCGUGCGGAACCUUCCCUGGAAAAUCAUGGCAAUGCCCCGAACCAAUCAGGCCCACGAUCGACAGCCCACCAAAAGUCUCGGCUUUUUCCUGCAGUGCAACGGAGAGUCGGACUCCACCACGUGGUCUUGUAAUGCGACCGCAGAGCUGAAGAUUAUAUCACAAAAGGAAGGCAUCGAUAAUAUAACUCGAAAAAUUCAACACAUAUUUUACAGCAAAGAAAACGAUUGGGGUUUCAGUCACUUCCUGGGAUGGAAUGAUAUACUCGAUCCCGAAAAGGGUCACAUCAAAGAAGACGCCAUUAUUUUGGAGGUCUGGGUCUCAGCGGACGCGCCACACGGAGUCAGGUCUGUCAUCGGGUGUCACUUGUGCGCCAUCGACUGGCGUUGGGACAGUAAGAAGCACACGGGUUUCGUGGGCCUCAAGAAUCAGGGCGCCACGUGUUAUAUGAAUUCACUGCUGCAGACGCUCUUCUUCACGAACCAGUUGCGGAAAGCCGUGUAUCAGAUGCCCACCGAAAGCGACGACUCGUCCAAAAGCGUGGCGCUGGCCCUCCAGCGGGUGUUCUAUGAGUUGCAGUUCUCCGACAAACCGGUCGGCACGAAGAAGUUGACCAAAUCGUUCGGUUGGGAGACAUUGGACUCGUUUAUGCAGCACGACGUCCAGGAGUUGUGUCGCGUUCUGCUCGACAACAUGGAGAGCAAGAUGAAGGCGACGUGCGUUGAGGGCACUAUACCUCGACUUUUUGAAGGAAAAAUGAUCUCAUUCAUCCGCUGCAAACACGUGGACUGUUCCUCGUCCCGAAUCGAACCCUUUUACGACAUUCAGCUCAAUGUGAAGGGAAAGAAGAGUAUCUACGAGUCGUUCAAAGACUAUAUCGCCGUCGAGUCGCUGGAGGGCGAGAACAAGUACGACGCCGGCGACUUCGGGCUCCAGGAGGCCGAGAAGGGCAUCACGUUUGACUCGUUCCCACCGGUCCUACACCUCCAUCUCUUGCGCUUUCAAUACGACCCGUUGACCGACACGAACGUCAAGAUCAACGACAGGUUUGAAUUUCCAGAGAAACUGAAUUUAGAGGAAUUCCUACAGAAGCCGGAGACCACGCCCGCCAACUAUACGCUUCACGCGGUUUUAGUCCACUCGGGCGACAAUCACGGCGGACACUAUGUUGUGUUUAUUAACCCCAAAGGGGACGGCAAGUGGUGUAAGUUUGACGACGACGUGGUCUCCCGUUGUACUAAACUGGAAGCCAUUGACCAUAACUUCGGCGGCAAUGACGAGGACGUGACAGUCAAGCACUGCACCAACGCUUAUAUGUUGGUCUACAUCCGGGACAGUGUUAUCAAUGAAGUCCUGCAAACGGUUCUCGAAGACGAUAUUCCCGAACAACUCAUCGAACGAUUACAAGAAGAGAAACGUCAGGAGGCGUUGCGCCGCAAAGAGCGCAACGAAGCGCACCUCUUCAUGAAUAUCCACGUCUUCACUGAAGACAGUUUUAUGGGCCAUAAGGGCAGUGAUCUCUACGACACGGAGAAAGCGGUUUACAAAGUGUUUAAAGUGAGGAAACAGUCGACACUGAAAGAGGCGGUCGAACUGAUUGCCGAACAAAUGAAAUACCCGAUGAGUGCGAUGAGGGUCUGGCCCAUCAUUUCCAGAGCCAAUGAGACGAUGAGACCGUCGAGUCUCGACUUCGAUGGCGAGUGUAACCGACAGAUAACUGACGUCUGCGAGGGACAGAACCCGUGGAAUAUGUUCCUCGAGCUCAUCGAACCCGACGCUGACGUCCAGACUCUGCCCGCAAUCGACAAAGAGACCGACGUUCUCCUGUUUUUCAAGUUAUACGACCCGAAGAAUAAUUUUAUCAGUUAUUGCGGCCAUUGUCUGCUUCCCUGUAGCGCCAAGACUAAGGAUAUAAUGCCUAUUCUUAACAAAAAGGCCGGUUAUCCACUCGACACGCCAUUGGAGUUGUAU